AUCUCACGCGCAUGUUUCUAAGCCAAUCAGAAAAAUCGGUUUUAGCCAAUGGUAUGUUCUUGUAAUCCACAAGAAAAAAGGUCUCUAACACAGUGCUGUCAUGUAAGAUGUUAGUUGAAUAUUUAACGCUUGUGAAACACGAGUACCGCCGAAACAAGUAAAUAUAGUGGAAUUGUGAUAAGAUAGCGACAAUAUACAAAAUCCCAAGGACUGAAACGUAUAUGGAUAAUACUUUACAAAAUUGAACAUGUGGUAGCAGAAAUAUACAUUUUGCAAUUGAUGUCUGUAUCACUGCCGCAAACUAAUUCUUGAAUACAUAUAUCAAUAUUUGUUUAUGGUGAAACUAACGUUAGAGUGCAAGGCCGGGAGAUUUAAAAUAUUUUACUUUGACCUGCGUUUCUUUUUUCUGGAAAUUAGAAGUGUCAAUUGAUUUACUACAGCAGAAAUUCAGAAACCUGGGGUGUGUGCGAUGUCCCUUCCUCAAUUUGGAUACAGCUACCCAAAUACUACUUUGUCUUCUCCGUCACAGAUCCUGAUGUCGACCCCUACCACUUCCACCCUCUCCUCCGUCACCACUUCCUGUUGUGAAAAUGGACGCCCCAUAAUGACUGACCCCCACACUGGCCAAACUGUAUGUUCCUGUCAAUAUGGGUCAGGAUUGCUCAGUGCUUACUCCCGGGUACCCUCCCUCACAGACUCGGUCUACAGCGCCGGUCCCUACGGUUCGCAGAGCUAUAUGCCCCUGGGUACGGAUCCGUCAGCGUUUUAUUCCCCAUUGAAUUCUCCCUAUGACUUAAAGGACGGCUCGGACGCCGCUUGGAGAAGUCUUUCCCAGCCGUCUGCCUGUUAUCCUUACGAUCCCGCCAUGGCGGCAUAUCCUUACGGAAAUGCUUAUGGCGGAAUGGAUCUAAAUGGAGCCGCCAGACGAAAAAACGCUACAAGGGAGACAACCAAUACUCUAAAGGCAUGGCUUUAUGAGCACAGAAAGAAUCCUUACCCCACCAAGGGGGAGAAAAUUAUGCUGGCCAUAAUUACAAAAAUGACGUUAACCCAAGUCAGUACCUGGUUUGCCAAUGCUAGACGGCGUCUGAAAAAAGAGAAUAAGAUGACUUGGUCUCCAAGAAAUCGAUGUGGGGACAAUGACGAUGAAAACAGCAAUGAAAAAGCCGACGACGAUGACGAAGGGGAUGAGAAACGAAAGACCGAUGAAAACAGCAAUGAUCCUAUAAAACCUAAUGAAGAAAAAGAUAGUUUUGACAUAUUAAAAGUGAAAAACGAUCAGGACUCCGUUAUCGAAGAUAAUUCAGUCUUCAACGAUAAAAACAGCAUGAUGAGCACACUAACCCCUAUUGGGGUAGUAGACAGUAUGCAGGCUCCCUCAAUGUCCAAUACGGAGCUAAAACCACCAAUUAUUGACCAUAAACGACUAGAAUCCCCGUGUUCGAACAGCAGUGACUCGGGACUCAGUGACAUAAACACUUCUCUGACCCUGAACGCCUCCAAUAUCGAUGGAGGUGAUGGUCUUAGACCCCGAAUAUGGUCUCUUGCGCAUGUGGCGACCUCUACCGCUGGAUGCACCAACACUACCUCUCAAGUAACAAACGGAAAAGACCAAAAUCUUCCUCUAAAUUUCUCAAAAUUAGGUUCACCUUCUAUGCCAUCUUCCGCCACGACUUUGAGACCCUGGAUGGACAAUGCUUUCUCUAUAGGAUCGUCAAUGUUUUCUUCUAGUUCUACUCCUGGCUACACUAAUCUCAAUGUCAACAAUGGCAGUGGAAUGCUUGACAAAACUUCACCUUUGUCCGGAGUAUCUGGAUCCGGAUUUAACGGACUUUCUUCAAACGGAAGUUCACCAAUUCUACGCCCUUAUCCUUCACUCUCAAACCUUUAUUCUCCGGCGCGAGAUGUAGGGACAAGGAGUAACGAAAGACUGACAAACCCAAUAGGAGAAGAUGCAUCGACCAUAUCGUAUUAGGAUUCCUAAUUGGGGACUAUCUUCUGGAACCCGUGGAUGUUUUACGAUGAAGCUGACGUGAUAGGGUCAAAUUCUUUCGUGCUGUGAGACAUUUGGAGGGCGCUUAAGGACAAUAUGCGAUCCUAUCCCGUCAUAUCCAAGUUCUUGGUGCAGACAAGGGUUUUCCUAACAAGGUUAAUAUGACUACGAAGGGAUUAAUAAAGACUGCGAUUAUUUUGAAGUGCUAAAUAUUCCACCAAGUGCUAUGAGCCAAGUGGUGUUUAUACUGACUUGAUGCUAUCGGACAGGAAAAUUAGUCAGAAAUUGACAUUGGGAAUCAGGGUAACGUGUUUAUAUUUAUGUCUAAUCGUGUGUUGACAUUGGUCAUUGAGGGGGAGAUAUUGCCUCGUUGGAUUCUCUCACCCAGAUAGGGUCGGGCUCGGGCUCCACUUCAAAUCUCAAGUGGUCCGAGAAAGGAAUUAAUGCGCCAUCAGUCUUUUUUACCUAUUGCGCUUUAAUUGAACUGAAGUGCGCUGUCACCAUCGAUUUGAAAAAUGAGGUUGUUGAACAGAAACAAUGAUAGUGUAAGAACUUCGAGGCAAUAUUUACCGUGAAAAAUAUAUCAAACUUCCUUUCACUAUUUCAAUCGUUAUGGCCAGCAACUGUAUAUCAUAUGCGAAAACUUAUACGAGGUCUUGUAAAUAUUGCAUCAGAGACACACGACACAAAUUUUACACAUUAUGAAGUUUUCUGCAAAUUUACCAGGAUGUACAGAUUCUUUGAUAUGUUUCUAUGUCAAAAUGUUUAUUUGUUCAUGUAUUCUUGUUAAACAAGGUGCAUAGGUUGACAAAAAUAGGUAUAUAUAUAUAAUGGAGAUUCACUUAGAAGAAUGUGUAUUUAUUUGAUUUCUAUUUAUUAACGAAAUCAUAGUUUUGAUUGGCCAAUGGAAAAGGCUGUUGUACACUAAAACUACAACUUGAGAACAAGUUUCUCAAUUCUAUAUUUAAAUUGGACACAAAAUGAUAUUGAUUUUUUUUGGUCAAUAUGUAGCUGUUUAUUCGAAUGGAAUAAAAUUAUUGAGUAUCAAA